AUGGCACCCGCGACCCGCUCCAAGCCCUCCACCCCCGCCCCCGAGAUCACCAUCGAAGAGCCCACCGCCUCCACCUCCACCUCCUACUCCCCGAGCCCCCUCGGAGCCGGCAACGUCAAGCAGAGACCGAGGGACGGCAGCAGGAGCCGAGAGGACGAGGUUUGGGACCCCAAGUAUGCGGUGGAUCUGGCUGUCGACGAGAAUGUCUUCCUCUUCGUCCCAAACCUAAUCGGCUACACCCGUGUCAUCACAGCCGCCGCCGCCCUCUUCUUCAUGCCCUACCACCCUAAGGCGUGCUUUGUCCUCUACUCUGUAUCCUGCCUCCUCGACGUCGUCGAUGGCCAAGCCGCCAGAGCUCUCGGACAGACGAGCAAAUUUGGCGCGGUGCUUGAUAUGGUCACCGACCGAUGCACUACUGCUUGUCUGCUGUGUUUUCUCUCGAGCGUGUACCCUGCGUACUCUAUGAUCUUCAUGGGUCUCAUCACCCUGGACUUUUCCUCCCACUACAUCCACAUGUACUCCUCCUUGGCCACGGGUUCCUCUAGCCACAAGACUGUGACUCAGGAUGUCUCCCGUAUCCUCUGGUACUACUACAACGACUCUCGCACCCUGUUCGUCUUCUGCUUCGCCAACGAACUCUUCUUCGUCUGCCUCUACCUCAACUACUACUGGACCUCCCCCGUCUUCUCCUCUAUCCCCAUCCCCACCUCCCUCCUCACGUCCGACCUCGCCAUCGCCCACCCAAAGCUUAUCGGCGGCCUCGUACAGGCGGUGAAGAAUGUCACUUGGCCGCAGGUGGUGGCGCUCUUGACGUUCCCAAUCUGUGCGGGAAAGCAGAUUAUUAAUGUAGUGCAGUUUUGGAAGGCUAGUAAGAUUCUUGUGGGUGUCGAUAUUGCCGAGAGACAGGCUGCCCGAGAAGCCAAAGCCCUCAACACCCGUGGCCGGUAA